AUGGUAUGCAAAGGUUCUGCGGCACGAUAUGGAGCCAACGGUUUACUGACGCCGCGAUGGCCCAUUUGUUCUCUAGCCCAAUAUGCUCCGAGCAGGUUUCUAAACGCCCACAUUGAUAGUGACUGCUCGCAGCAUGCUAGCUUGAGUCCGGCAUCAUCCCAGACAUCUUUCAGCCAAGAUCCCAAUUCUUCACAGCAGUCAACUUCUGGAUCUCGUUCAAUUACUUCUCCAUCGACAGGAAAACCAACGUAUUCCAUUUUCCAGACGAGGAAAGAAUCAAAGGUGAACGAAUUACCUGGCGCAUCUAGCCAACCCGCAUCUGUUCGCGGGAGCAAGAAACAUGGUCAAGAAACCGCUCCUUUGAGCCAACCUCAACAGAAACGCAACAAGAUAUCAACCAAUCUUGCUGAAGCGAAUCCGCUCGCGGAGCGACUACGCCCUCGCUCCUUAGAUAACUUUAUAAGUCACCGUCAUCUCACCGGUCCCGAAUCGUUGCUCAUGAAAUCUCUUGCUGCUGGAUCGACGGGAAGCAUGAUUCUCUGGGGUCCGCCUGGAUGCGGAAAGACUACUUUGGCUAGGUUGAUAGCAAAACAAACAAACGCUAUCUUCAAAGAGCUCAGCGCAACAAUCGCGGGGAUCAAUGAUGAUAUCUUCCUUCCCUUUCUCGAACAGGGUCAAAUACAGCUUAUUGGUGCCACAACUGAAAACCCCUCCUUCAGGCUCACAGGUGCUCUUGUCAGUCGCUGCAGGGUCUUCGUUCUCGAGCGACUCACCGACGACGACAUCGAGGCUAUCGUCAGAGGGGCCGUCUCGCGAUUAUCUUCCGCGCACUCUUCUAGUGCAAAUAGUGUUUGCUUGGAUUUAACAAAGCUUUUCCGAAUUAAAGCCUUCACCGAAUAA